UAGUAUUUAUGGAAUUGUAACCAUGGCGGGUCACGUAGGUGGCGGUGGUUUUAGUAAUGAAAAUAUACAAACAUAUAACAAUGAAAGACGUAGCAGUAAACAAUGGGUUAAAUUAAACGUUGGCGGUACAUAUUUUUUAACAACAAAAACUACAUUGUCUAGAGACACAAACUCAUUUUUGUAUCGAUUAGUACAAGAAGACAGUGACUUAAUUUCAGAUAAGGAUGAAACUGGUGCUUAUUUAAUAGACAGAGAUCCAACUUACUUUUCCCCAGUUCUCAACUAUUUACGACAUGGAAAGUUGGUCAUCAACAAUGACAUAGCUGAAGAAGGUGUUUUAGAAGAAGCCGAGUUUUACAAUAUAACAGAGCUUAUUAAAUUAGUUAAAGAAAGAAUUUCUCAAAGAGAAACGGGUCCAUCGAAAGACUCUAAAAAUCAUGUAUAUAGAGUAUUACAAUUUCACGAAGAAGAGUUGACGCAAAUGGUUUCAUCUAUGUCUGAUGGAUGGAAAUUUGAACAGUUGAUUAAUAUCGGUUCGCAAUAUAAUUACGGUAAUGAGGAUCAUGCCGAAUUUCUGUGUGUGGUGAGUAGAGAAUGUGGUAACAAUCCAAAUAGUAAUGAUAUUGAGCCAACAGACCGUGCAAUGGUACUGCAACAAAAAGGAUCGAGAAUUUGAAAUUUCCUUAAGCAAUACAACAGGUGAUGUUCAAGACUUAUUCUGUGUGUGAAGUGUUGUACAUAAUGUUGCAUGAAAUUAAUUAUAUGAAAGUGUUUUCAAUUCUUACAUAAGUGCAUAAUUUUAUAAGUCCAGUUAAUAAUUUCAACAAGUUCGCAGUAAGUUAGUUCUAUUAAUGUGAUGAAUGAUAUUGUCUUCUGAACCUGAAAUAUAUUGGCCAAAUACUCAAUUACAUAAAAUGUAGAAAAUAUUUACUUUCAUAUAUUCAACUGCAUUCAUAAGUUAGUUGUGUGAUAUUUGAGAUAACAUUUUCUAGAUAUAGACUCGCAUUUUAUUAGUUUUCCAUCAAAGCCUGUAAAUAAAUGUGUUUAACCUACUGUAUUUUACAUUUAGAUCCAUUCCUGUAAUAGAUCUUUUGAAAAUGUAUACUUCAAAUUUGUUAUAUACAUAUAUGCUUAAUAUUGUAAUAUUGCUCAAUGAGAUAAGUAAGAGCCAUGUUCAAUAUAAGAAGUACAACUUUUAUACUGCUUGGAUAUGUUCCAUAUGACCAUAUUUUUGUAAGAUUUGUCAUUAAUCAUAAUACCAAUAAUUAUUGUAAUAAAAGACACUGCCUGUACUUUAAAAUACAUUAUGUAAGGUGAUUAAUGUACUUAUAAAAUAGAAAAGUAGACAGGAAUCUAACUGGAAACACAAAUUUUGCCUGAUUGGAAUCAUUAAUUAAGAUGUGUGGUUUGAUUGGUUUAAGUGCAUUAAAUGAAGUGCCUCCAUACAACGUAAAUACUGAAUAUAUUAUAUUAUACACAUAAGUAAAGUAAUAGCUACACCUUCCUACAUAAAAUGCUGCUUAUAUUAUUUAAUUCUUUAUUCUCUAGAUAAUAAUGCUUGAGACAUUAAAUAAUAUUUAUAUCUUGUAUAUUAUGUAUUAUCAAGAUUCGGAAAAAUCAUACAUAAAAUAAUACAUUGUUAUGUUGUUGAUAACUUUAUUUCACAGAUUAAAGUAUAGAAUUGACUGAA